AUGGCUGAAUACAAAGCGUGCAUCCUUGGGAUCAAAAUUGCAGUCGACAUGAACGUCAACGAACUCUUGGUCAUAGGGGAUUCUGAUUUAUUGAUACAACAAGUCCAAGGGAAAUGGUCCACCAAGAAUGUCAAUAUACUUCUAUACUUGCACUGCGUGAAGGAGUUAUGCAAGGAGUUCGCAAUGAUUGAGUUCAAGAACGUCCCCAAGAUUCAAAACAAUUUCGUUGAUGCCCUUGCAACUCUACCAUCUAUGAUUCAGCAUCCAGGCAAGAACUACAUCGACCCUAUCAAGGUAGAGAUCAUGGAUCAACAUGCCUAUUGCUUCCAUGUAGAUGAAGAACCAGAUGGUAAACCAUGGUAUCAUGACAUCAGGAAUUUCCUCGCAACCAGAGAAUACCCGGAGAAUGCUACUAAUGGUCAAAAGCUAGCCCUUAGGAGGUUGGCAAACCAUUUUUUCCUCAACGGGGAAGUCCUGUACAGGAGGACCCCAGAAUUAGGUUUUUUAAGAAAUGUAGACAUUGCCGAGUUCGAAACAUCUACUUACAAGGCCAUCACAAAGAAGGUAGUGGAAUAUUUUGUCCGGAACAACAUCGUCUGCAUAUUUGGAAUACCGGAGUGUAUCAUCAAUGGCAAUGUCGCUAACCUCAACAGCGACCCCAUGAGAGAAAUCUGUGAGAAGUUCAGAAUCGUCCACCGCAAUUCCACAGCUUACAGACCAUAA